AUGCAGUCGCACCGCGUCUUCCGAGCCGGCGACACCACCUGUGCUGUGCUUUCGCUCUCGUCUGUCUGUCUGUCAGUCUACCUGCCGCUGCCGCCGUUGUUUGUGUGUCCGCUGCCACGUGCGAACUCGCCGCGUCCUCUGCCAGACCGCCACGUGCCCGCCCAGAGGUUGCUGUCGGGAAUCGCGCCCCCUUCUGCACGUGCUGCCAUGAUGGAGGAGAGCGCCUCCGCGGUGCCCGCCGCGUCCCCAGCUGACAUGGACACGUACGUGCAGCAGCUGCGGGCCGAGAAGACGCGCCUGGACUCGAACCCCGACCUGUCGCUCACGCAGCGCCUCGUCGCCACAGGUGAGUGCAUCUUAGCCUUCCAGCAGUUUGACGCCGUGGCGGGUAGCGUAGGUGAGUCACCUAUCUGGGUGGUCACAUUAUAA